AUGACGCCGUCGCCAGUCUCUCUCGCAGGUGCAGUGAAAUUCAACAGCUUCUACAGUAUUUCGAGGUUGAAUGAGAACGACGUUGAGAAUGAGCUGUUGGACUAUGAGGAGGAUGAGGUGGAUAAAGGUGGUGUCGGGGACACAGGCCUCGGACACAACGGAGGCAUAAUAUCCAUCAGGAAAGAAGGGGUCGAAGGGUCAUAUGUGUCCAUCCACUCCUCAGGAUUCAGGGAUCUCCUUCUCAGACCAGAACUGCUGAGAGCUAUAGUGGACUGUGGUUUUGAACAUCCAUCGGAGGUGUAUACACAUGAUGUUCCAUUAUGUCCUUCCAUCUGGUCUGAGUUUGAGUUGAUUGAUCUGGACACAUCUCUUAACAAUUUGGCCCCUCAGUACCUGACUGAUCUGCUCUGUCCGUACACUCCUUCUCGUACUUUGAGAUCCAGCGAUCACUGCCUUCUCAUCGUGCCUAGAUCCAGGCUUAAAAAACGAGUGAUUGCUUUCACCCAGGUGUCAGUGUUGGUGAUGUGUCACACCAGAGAGCUGACCUUCCAGAUCAGCAAAGAGUAUGAGCGCUUCUCCAAAUACAUGCCCAGCGUCAAGGUGGCAGUGUUCUUUGGUGGUUUAUCUAUAAAGAAGGAUGAAGACGUUCUGAAGAAAGAGAGCCCUCAUGUGGUGGUGGGAGCUCCUGGACACAUUCUAGCUCUGUCUCGCAGCAAGAGUCUCAACCUGCGCCACAUCAAGCACUUUAUCCUGGACGAAUGUGACAAGAUGCUGGAGCAGCUUGACAUGCGGCGUGAUGUCCAGGAGAUCUUUCGUAUGACCCCUCACGAGAAGCAGGUCAUGAUGUUCAGUGCCACCCUGAGUAAAGAGAUCCAUCCCGUCUGCAGAAAGUUCAUGCAAGAUCCCAUGGAAAUUUUUGUGGACGACGAAACCAAGUUGACACUUCACGGCCUCCAGCAGUACUACAUCAAGCUGAAGGACAACGAGAAGAACAGGAAGCUCUUUGACCUCCUGGACGUGUUGGAGUUCAAUCAGGUACAGUAUCUGGAGAGUCCAGCAGGGGACACACAGAAAGUCCCCAAAGUCGAUGCAAACCAGGAGUGACUCAAGGAAGAGACACUGAUUUUUGCCGCUUUAUAAGAAACGUUUGCAUAUCUGAAAGCGACUGAAUGCACUCUGGUCAUUCACAUGCUUUAAUGCAAAAUACAACGCGACCCAUUUGAAUACAGAUUUUGUUUAUCCAAUUAAAUGCAAACUACAAACAAACGGAAUGGAUGGAAGUAAAAUUGUGAGAUGAUGAAAUACAACUGAGUUCAAAACUAUAUUCAAGUUUUGAUGCAACUCGAUUAUGCAAUUUUACAACCCUAACCUUAAAUAUUAUGUGUAAUACAUAAAUGGUUUAGGGUCCAUAAGAUUUUUUAUUUGGAUUGUUCGUUUCUGGAGAUUUUGCCAAGCAAUCCAAAAGAUUGAACUAAGCUAUGAAAAAAAAAAGCAAAGAA